AUGAGUGCACUCGUUGAGAUACCACCGAUAUUAUGCAAUCUGUUUAUUAUGGGGAAGUUCAUACUUGUACUUUAUAAGGAAGUUAAGGAACAUGGAACAUUCAAAGUGAAAUUCUUUUUUCAUAAUGUAAGUUAUGGUUUUUUCGAUCCGAGAUCGCACAUAAGAAUGGCCAUAUUGUUCAAUAUUCAUUGCAUAGCAUCAAUAAUUUUUGUGCCUUUUUUGUUUUUCUUUGUUUUGGCGUAUUUAAAAUAUAUUGGCCAUUGCACGUGCUCAAAUUGCAAGUUUAAUCUUAAAGUGCCUUUAUCUUUGCUCGGGUCUCGUAAUACCACUUUUCUAUCUUUAAAUUCAACAAGAGUCCCUAUUACAUCGCCACGUUAAAUCCAGUAAGUUGAAUUUCAAUUUACGACAAUUUUCAAAAUACGAGCCAUUAAAUAAAUAACAAUUAGUGAAAGAGGUUGAGCCUGAUAUGAAGAAUUAUCAUGUCUGAGGUUUGUGUUAUCAACCGAAGCCUGAUUCAUCAUCUCUUAAAUAAAGAGUAAUAUCACUUGAAUGGUAACCAUGCGCCUUUAAUGACUGUAUUUAGGAUGAACAGUCAGAAGUGCAAGUGAAGUUGGUCAGACCAUGGUUGAAAGAUUACGUUGAGGACCUUGUGAAAUUAAA